GUCACCAAUAGCAAGAAAGAUACUGUUUUGCAUAAACCCCAAAAGCCUCUCAGAUGUUGCUGCUACUAAAGUCCUUUCCUUUCCUCUUCCUACGCGCCAGGCCCAUCUCCUUUCUACCAACCAUUAUCCUAGCCAGGUCCCCAAAAGCAUUGCCUAGAAGUAGCCAAUGCCUUUCCUUUGUCUCUGCUUCCACUUUCCAACCUCAUCCUCCUUCUGCAACCGCUGAUACCCCAAAUGCGAUUGCACCAGUUCCCCUUAACGAUUCCCUCCAAUGGGUCUCCCUCACUGCAUUGUGUGGUGAAUUGUCCUCUGAAGAUGUGGGUAGAAGGGUUCACCUUUGCGGGUGGGUUGCCCUUAAGAGUCCAUGGUGGCCUCACGUUUCUCAACCUCAGAGACUACAAUGGCAUCGUCCAGGUUACAACACUUCCAGAUGAGUUUCCUGUUGCUCAUUCAACUAUCAACGACCUGAGGCUUGAAUAUGUGAUUGCGGUUGAAGGUGUUGUCAGGCCUAGGCCAAGCGAGUCUGUCAAUAAGAAAAUGAAAACUGGCUCAAUAGGGUUUGCUGCGGAGUUUGUUCAAGUAUUGAAUGCUGUGAGAUCAAAGCUUCCAUUCUUGGUCACAACAGCCGAUGGUGCAAAGGAUUUUGUCAAAGAGGAGUUUCGUUUGAGGUAGAUUGAAACACCAAUGCUCUCUAGAUCUACUCCAGAAGGUCCUCGGGAUUAUUUAGUGCCCUCAAGAGUUCAGAUGUUUUAGAGAUGAAGAUUUGAGAACUGACAGCCUGAGUUCACACAGCUUGAUAUGGAAAUGGCUUUCACUCCCUUUGAGGUUAUGCUGAAGCUGAAUGAAGAUUGAUCAGAAAGGUAUCUGAUGUUUUCUCAGAGUCUUCCUUUAGGGUUUUUGCGGAUACACUUAAAAAUGGGGGAACUAUCAAAGCUGUUUGUGUGCCAUCUGGUGCUAAAAGUUAUUCAAAUACUGCUCUUAAGAAAGGUGGCAUUUAUAAUGAAGCAAUCAAAUCUGGAGCAAAGGGUUUGCCUUUCCUAAAGGGUUUGGAUGAUGGUAAGGUCGAUCUUUCAACUUUACUCCGUCUCCUCCUCCACCAAAAAGUUGGUUUUAAUAUGAAUGGGUUAUAAUAUUAUUUAAGGCAUGGUUGAGGGAAUUCCUGCAUUAGUAUCUGGUUUUGAUCCAACAAAGAGAGAUCAGUUAU